CUCACAAACUAUCACACUUUCUUGCAUUAUAUCUAUUUGUUGGUCCAUACUAUUAAUUUCUUUCUCUCUGUUUCUCCAAACACUAGGAAACAGAACGUGAAAGAUAUGAGUCCUGAUCAAUUUCAGAAAAACAGCAUGUACAUAGAAACCCCUGAAUCUUUUGUUGAUGGUGGCAAAAAUUUCGAUGAAGACGGUCGACCCAAAAGAACUGGUACAUGGGUGACAGCAAGUGCACACAUAAUAACAGCAGUGAUAGGGUCAGGAGUGUUAUCACUUGCAUGGGCGAUAGCACAAAUGGGUUGGGUUGCUGGUCCAGCAGUUCUACUUGCCUUCUCUUUUAUUACUUAUUUCACUUCCACUCUUCUUGCUGAUUCUUAUCGUUCACCUGAUCCUGUUCAUGGCAAACGAAAUUACACUUAUUCUGAAGUUGUCAGAUCUGUCUUAGGAGGAAGGAAGUUCCAGCUGUGUGGAUUAGCUCAAUAUAUUAAUCUAAUCGGUGUAACAAUCGGUUACACAAUAACUGCUUCUAUUAGUAUGGUGGCGGUGAAAAGAUCAAAUUGUUAUCACAAACAUGGACAUCAUGCAAAGUGCUAUAUAUCAAACAAUCCUUUCAUGAUCAUAUUUGCUUGCAUUCAAAUUGUUCUUAGCCAAAUACCAAAUUUCCAUAAGCUCUCGUGGCUAUCCAUUGUUGCAGCCGUUAUGUCUUUCGCUUAUUCCUCUAUUGGCCUUGGUCUCUCCAUAGCUAAAGUAGCAGGUGGGGGACCUGUACGGACAUCUUUAACGGGGGUGCAAGUUGGGGUGGACGUUACAGCAACUGAGAAAGUGUGGAGAAUGUUUCAAGCUAUUGGUGACAUUGCAUUCGCUUAUGCUUAUUCUAACGUGCUUAUUGAGAUACAGGAUACCCUGAAAUCAAGCCCCCCAGAGAACCAAGUCAUGAAAAGAGCAAGUUUGAUUGGCAUCUUGACUACAACCAUGUUUUACAUGCUAUGUGGCUGCUUAGGUUAUGCAGCAUUUGGUAAUGAUGCACCAGGAAAUUUCCUCACAGGGUUCGGCUUCUACGAGCCCUAUUGGCUAAUAGACGUAGCCAACAUCUGCAUUGCCGUGCACUUAAUCGGGGCAUAUCAGGUCUUCUGCCAACCCAUAUUUGGAUUCGUCGAGAGUAAGAGUAAGGAAAAAUGGUCCAAUAGUCAAUUUGUAAAUGGAGAGCACGCUGUAACCAUUCCUCUAUGUGGAACCUACUAUGUCAACUUCUUCAGGGUAGUGUGGAGAACAACAUAUGUUGUAGUCACUGCUUUGAUAGCUAUGCUAUUUCCAUUCUUCAAUGACUUUCUGGGCCUGAUUGGUUCACUGUCCUUUUGGCCAUUAACGGUUUACUUCCCAAUAGAGAUGUACAUUAAGCAGUCCAAGAUGCAAAGAUUUUCCUUUACAUGGACAUGGCUCAAGAUUUUGAGCUGGGCAUGUCUCAUCGUUUCUAUCAUCUCAGCUGUUGGUUCCAUCCAAGGCCUUGCUCAUGAUCUCAAAAAAUACCAGCCAUUCAAAGCUCAGCAAUAAUACUUAUUUCCAUGUUCAUCAUUGUUUUUCUUUUCUCAGUAACUUUUCUUUGUUUUAAUAAGUUGUCAGCAUGUCCACGCAUAUGUAGUGUUAUCAGGUGUUUAUGCAAGAAAGAACAUAACACCAAGCUGCAGUGUAUAUAUAUCUCAUGAAUAAUUCCCUAUGUUUGAAAGUCAGCACUAUUUAAAAUUUCUAUCUAUGGUAGGAACUGAAAUCAUAUGUCUCAUUUUUUU